AAUUUGUAAAAGGAAAUUCUUACUUAAUAUUCUGAUUAAUUAUCUUAAAUAUGGUAUAGUCAUUGAUGGACGUUUUAUAGAUUGUAUUGACUUAUUGAUGGACUUUUUUUUUUUUAAAUCUCAAAAUCCCUCCAGAAGGCUUCUGUGUGAAAUUUGAGGUACUGGUAUCUCGUUUAUCCGGAAAAACAGUCCAUGACUUUAUUGUUUUGUCAAAACACAACUGUUACUUGGAGAUGAUCAUUAAUUCAGAAAUACAGAUCAGAUGUGUAUUUUCUUAUGUGAAUAAAGUACGCUUCUGUUAAGCAGAGAUGUACUUCCAAAGAAGAUUAACAAAAACCAACAUGUUGAAAAUGAACUAGAACAAGGAUGAGUCAUUGUGCCAUGCCUAUAUAAUUAACGAUUCAGUGUGAUAUUGCAGAUUCUCUGGUUGAAGAAACGAGAGAAUGACUCUACAGUGAUCACCAUCAAGUUCCAUGCCGUAUAUGAAGCUGUGCAGUCCUAACAUGAGUGAGGUUGGAGGCUCUCUGUGCCAGGUGAAGCAGAUUUCCCGCCACACCGCCCCCCUCUGUCGCCUGCAGGCCGUGGGGCACCACCUGCACAGCUCCUCCCACCUCACCCAACAGUCCUGGGUCAACCAGUCGGCCCCAUCCAUCGCCUCCAGCCCCCCCGUAUCCACCCGUCACCGGGUGAACGGCGUCAUGGCGUCCAGCUGCAGCAGCCUGGAUUGUGCUGUCUCCAGACUGGCAGAGGAGGCCGCUCUGGCCCGAGGCGUAUCUUCGGGGAAGGUGGUGGUGACGGGAGGGUUGGGGUACUUUGGUUUCAGGCUGGGGAAAGAACUGGCCAGUCAGGGGAUGACAGUGAUCCUUCUGGACAUGAGGAGGCCUCCCUGUGAAAUCCCUGAUGGAGUCAUCUUCUUUGAGAGUGACAUCCGGGACUACGCUUCCCUCCAUAAGGUGUGUGAAGGGGUCGACUGUAUAUUCCACACAGCGUCUUACGGCAUGUCUGGACCAGAACAGCUGAAUAAAGACCAGGUGGAGUCCGUCAAUGUUGGGGGGACCAACAACGUCAUCAACGUGUGUAAGGAGAGGAACAUCCCCAGACUGGUCUACACCAGCACCAUAAACGUGGUGUUUUCUGGGAAUCCAAUCGACGAGGGUGACGAGGCCUCUGUGCCGUACGUCCCCUUUGAUGCACACAUCGACCACUACUCCAGAACCAAAACGCUUGCGGAGCAGAUGGUCCUCUCUGCAAACAGCUGCAUCCUGAAAAGUGGAGGUCAGCUUCGAACCUGCGUCCUCCGGCCGUGUGGGAUCUACGGACCAGAGGAGAGGAGACACCUUCAAAGAGUGAUGGUGAACGUAGAGCGGCGGUUUUUCACGUUCAGGUUUGGCGACCCCCGGGCCAUGAUGAACUGGGUGCAUGUUGAUAACCUGGUGAUGGCUCACAUGCAGGCGGCCGAGGCUCUCACACUGAAGAGGAGCUGUGUGGCUAGCGGACAGGCUUAUUUCAUUAAUGAUGGUGUGUCGGUCAAUCUCUUUGACUGGUUGACACCACUGUUUGAGAAGUUGGGCUACAGCAGACCGUUGAUAAACCUGCCCGUAUCACUUGUCUUUUAUGCAGCUAUCCUGGUGGAACACUUGCACAUAUUUCUGAGUCCUGUAAUAGAAGUGCCUCUCCUCUUUACCAGAAAUGAGGUGAGGAACAUUGCAGUGAAUCACACCUUCAAGAUCGACAAGGCCCGUCGAGACCUGGGUUACUCCCCGAAGCCCUACAGCCUGGCGGACUCUGUGGAGGAGUACCUGAAGUCCAGACAGCUUGGCACUAGAUCGACCCGAUCUAAAGUCUCCUGGAUCUCCCAGCUUCCCCGGGACAUGGCCCUGCUGCUGCUAAUGUUUCUCAUUCUGGGUCUACUGAUUCUUUCUUACGUACUAUAAUAAGAGUAGAACCCCACUCUUUUUCUUCUAUUUAAAUUUUUUUUAGGAAAUGACAUGUUUGGCAUAGAUGUAACCACUCAAAUUAUUGUGGAUCGUCAACAAAUAUGUCUUGUUUAAAAUGCAAUACAUUGUUGAGAAUGUAAUUACUGUUAAGUCUUUGAUGUUUUUCAUGGUACGUGUGUGCAUGAUUUUAAAGUUAUGGAUGUACAAGGCCGCUGAAAAGUAUUAGUUUCUAGUUGUGUAAAUGUUGUGGAAUUAUAAGAGUGACUAAGGUUUUAUUAAGUAAAAUAAAAGCUAGGUUUGUAUUUCAGACAUAAAAAAUGUGAUUUAUUGUAUGUAAAGUGUGCUUCCAGGUUUUAUUUAAAAAAAAUGUACAACUGAUAAAAGUAUCAGUAUUUUGUACACUUUUAGAAAUAAAAGUAAUAG